AUGAAGCUGCACGUGCUACUUGCUGCGGUGACUCUCGGUGUCCACGUCUCGCUGUCUGAGUCCGCUCCAGGACACACGGACACUCAGCUGCCUUUUCUGAUGCGUUUAGGAGAGGAGUACUUCUUCAGGAUGGACAACACCGCUCACAGCCCGCGCGCGCCCGACCGGAGAUCCCCGUCACGUACCGAGGCACUUCAGCUGCAGCUCACGCAGCGGCUGUUAGGAGGCAAAGUCGGUAGUGUCGGUAACGAGAUCAUGAACAGCUUCUUGGAACGCGAGCGCCGGUCUGAGGACCCGCCAAUCUCGCUGGAUCUGACUUUUCACCUGUUGCGCGAGGUGCUGCAGAUGGCGCGAGCCGAACAACUGGCCCAGCGCGCGAGCAACAACCGCAAAAUUAUGGACGAUUUAGGGAAAUAAAUAAUGAAUUACACAAAAAAUGCUUUUAAUUCCAUUUCUAAAGUAAUAUAAGACAUGUUUACGGUUUACCCAUGUGAAUACUUUGAGUUUAGUGUCUUUUCCCAUCUCUUUUCAUGUAUUCAGAAACAGGCAUAUUUGACAUAUACAAAAGAGACUGUUUAUACAUUUAUUCAUAAUUCUUUAUUUUGUAUUUUAUUCAGCAGUAAAGAUUAUCAUUUAAUAUUUAACAGUUGUGGAUUAUACCUGUUCAAAUUUCUAACUAUUAAUGUAGGCCUAGUCUAUGAUUGUCAAAGUAACAAAAUAUUAGUUAUGAAGUA